UCAAAAAUAUACUAAUUUGUCAAAAAUAAUAAUUAUACAGUGUGAGAUUGUAAAUAUUUCUUUAGUUAAUUUCAAAAAUAUGUUUCCAUAUAGUACGCAGAAAAAAUUUUGGAUGUUUUUCGAUGAAAACGAAAUAAACCGUUUGCGUGAAAAAGCAAACACUACAUUUAUAUUAAAACAUGGACAAAAUUUACCGGAGAAACAACGGCAAGAGUUCUUUUUAACAGCAGCUGAAGAACGUUUAUUAGUACGAAAAUAUGAACUUCAUUUACGGGAAUUUUGUAAACGGUUUUCACCACCCAUGCCACAAUGUGUUCUUGGUACCGCUUUUCACUAUUUCAAAAGAUUUUACAUAAAGAAUUCAGUAAUGGACUACCAUCCAAAAGAAAUAAUGGUAACUUGCGUGUAUUUAGCAGCAAAAGUGGAGGAAUUUAAUGUAUCAAUUGCUCAGUUUGUCGCAAACGUUAAAGGUGAUCGAGAAAAAGCUUCUGAUAUUAUAAUCAACAAUGAAUUGUUACUAAUGGAACAAUUAGAUUUUCAUUUAUCCAUCCAUAAUCCGUAUCGUCCUGUGGAAGGUUUACUCAUAGAUAUCAAAACUAGAGGUUCAAUGAAUUCGCCAGAAAGAUUGCGGCCAGGAAUUGAUGACUUUUUGGAAAAAGUAUUUCUAACGGAUGCAUGUUUAAUAUAUGCACCGAGUCAAAUAGCGUUAGCAGCAAUUUUACAUGCAGCAAGUAAAGUUCAAGAAAAUUUAGAUAGUUAUGUAACAGAAACAUUAUUUGGAGAGGAUGGUCAAAAACGUUUAGCUGAUUUAAUCGAAGCUGUUAGAAAAAUAAGAUCCCUGGUAAAGGCGGUUGAACCGCUUCCCAAGGAACCAUUACGGUAUUUAGAUAAAAAAUUAGACAAAUGUCGAAAUCAAGAAAAUAAUCCAGACAGCGAAAUAUACAAACAGCGAAUGGCUCAAAUGUCAGAUGAUGAGGAAGAAAGUUAUCAUACUUUAGCUAAGAAUCGAGAUGGAAUGGAUGAUUCAGUUUUAGGAAUGGUACAUUCUGAUAUGGAAUAGUUAUUUUUCUUAAUUUUUGAUACCGUUUUACGCUUAUUGUUAAUUACGUUUGGGUACUAUUAAGUUUAGAAUAAUUAUGUAAGAAUAUUCGUACGAUUUGAAAUAUAAUUUUUUAUAUUUAAA